AAAAAUCGCCGUCUUCUCAAGAAACAUCUAUCCACUUCGCUUCAUUACAAGAUCUGAUGAAACUAGAUCGAAUCUUGCUCUAGAUCCAGAUGCUCCUUAACUUAUUUACUCGAAUUCAUCAUCAUCCUCAUCAUCCUCAUCAUCCUCAUCAUCAUCAUCAUUAUCAUCAUCAUGUCGCUGUUUCUAAAAGACGAUUCGAUUCAAAUCCGUGAAGUAUGGAACGAAAAUCUCGAAUCAGAAAUGGCUCUGAUUCGAGAAGUCGUCGACGAUUUCCCAUUCGUAGCGAUGGAUACAGAGUUCCCAGGAAUCGUGUGUAGACCAGUGGGCACAUUCAAAACCAACACAGAGUACCACUACGAAACUCUCAAAACAAACGUCAACAUACUCAAGAUGAUUCAGCUCGGACUCACUUUCUCUGAUGAGAAAGGAAACCUCCCUACUUGUGGAACAGACAACAAAUACUGCAUCUGGCAGUUCAAUUUCCGCGAAUUCGACCUCGAAUCCGACAUUUAUGCUACUGAUUCCAUCGAGCUUCUUCGUCAAUCAGGCAUAGAUUUCGCUAAAAACAACCAAUUUGGUAUCGAUUCGAAGCGGUUCGCCGAGCUUUUGAUGUCUUCGGGGAUUGUGUUGAACGAAAACGUUCAUUGGGUUACAUUCCACAGCGGAUAUGAUUUUGGUUACUUGUUGAAGCUAUUGACUUGUCAGAAUCUGCCGGGGACGCAAACAGGGUUUUUUGAGAUGAUCAGUGUGUAUUUCCCGAGGGUUUACGAUAUCAAACACUUGAUGAAGUUCUGUAAUAGUCUUCAUGGAGGACUGAACAAAUUGGCGGAGCUGCUUGAAGUUGAGAGAGUUGGGAUAUGUCACCAGGCGGGAUCGGAUAGUUUGUUAACGUCGUGUACAUUCAGGAAGCUGCAGGAGAAUUUCUUCAUUGGUUCAAUGGAGAAAUAUUCUGGUGUUUUAUUUGAACAAGACUUUUGCUUCUCUUCGUUCGUAAAACCAAUUCAAAGAGUCAAUAUGUCAGGUGAUGAGGCUGUUGUUGCUCCUGUUGUUCCUCCUGUUGCUGAGGCAGCAGUGAUCCCAGAGGACAUGGAUGUGAGUACUGCAUUGGAGUUGACAGUAAGGAAAUCUCGUGCUUAUGGUGGUGUUGUUCGUGGUCUCCAUGAAAGCGCUAAGCUUAUCGAGAAGCGUGUUGCUCAGCUCUGUGUCUUGGCUGAAGAUUGCAACCAACCUGAUUAUGUCAAGCUGGUUAAAGCUCUUUGCGCUGACCACAGCAUCAAGUUGCUUACGGUUCCAAGUGCCAAAACCCUCGGCGAAUGGGCUGGUCUUUGCAAGAUUGAUUCAGAGGGAAAUGCGAGGAAGGUUGUUGGAUGCUCAUGUCUUGUAAUCAAGGAUUACGGUGAGGAGACAACUGCUCUAAACAUUGUCAAGAAGCAUCUUGAGUCUAACUAAAUCAAGCAAAAAGGUCAAGUUUUCAGAUGC